AUGAAAUCAUCAAAGAAAAUCACAACAACCUCUACAACCAUUGUUGGUACCGAAAUUGAUAACAUCAAGGAUGUUAUAGAAUCUAGGGCCCUCAACGGGAAAGGAAAGUACACUCAAUUGUGUGAAAGGUGGCUUCAGUCCUAUAUGCAUGGCGGUCGAGCUAUACUCGUCUCUUCCUGUACAUCAGCACUGGAGAUGACAGCAAUCCUGGCGGAUAUAAAACCGGGCGACGAGAUUAUAGCACCUAGCUAUACCUAUGUCACAACUGUUAACUCAUUCGCCCUUCAUGGGGCUACUCCUGUGUUUGUGGACAUCGAUGAAACGACGAUGAAUAUUGACCCCGAAUGUAUCGAGCCAGCAAUUACUUCGAAAACUCGUGCAAUAGUCGCCGUCCAUUACGGUGGAAUAGCCUGUGAUAUGGAUUCAAUUAUGCAAAUUGCAAAGAAGCACAAUUUAUUUGUCUGCGAAGACGCUGCCAUGGCCUGUACAUCAAAAUAUCACGGUCGCAUGCUCGGUACGAUUGGGAAUGUCGGCUGCAUCAGUUUCCAAGAGAAAAAGAACUUCACCGCGGGAGGUCAAGGUGGUGCGCUUCUAUUGAAUGACACCAGCUUGAUUCAACGAGCGGAGAUACUAUAUGAGCACGGUACUGACCGAGCGAACUUCAUGCGUGGAGAGGUCGAGCACUACCAGUGGCAAGAUUUGGGGUUGAACGCCACUCUUUCAGAAAUUCAGGCUGCAUUUCUAUAUGCGCAGUUGCAGAGAACCGAGAUGAUCAAUAGUCGCCGCCUGGAUAUAUGGCACCGUUAUCAGAUCGCCUUGGCGCCCUUGGAAGAAAGAGGGAAAAUUAAACUGGCACAAGUUCCCGCUAGGACGACACAUAAUGCCAAUGUAUUCUGGAUAAGACUCACGGAUGCGCGUUUACGCUCGAGCUUGAUUCGCCAUCUUAAAGAAGCCAACGUCCAAGCCUAUUCUCAGUUUAUGCCUCUGCAUUCCUCCCCUUAUGGAAAAGUUCAUGGAUAUUUUGCUGGAGAAGACCGAAUGACAUCAAUAGCCGCCUCGCAGAUCCUACUUCUACCCAUCCAUGCGAACUUGCACCAUUCUGAGCAAAGUGUAGUCAUUCAGGAACUUCUUGCGUUUUGGGGGAAAGCGGCAUGUGAAGAUUAA